GAGAUACAGCAAUGCGGAGGUUUGCUUGGCGGUUCGGUGCCGUCGGGAGUCGUGAUUGGCCGACUACCAUUUUCUCAUCGUCGACUACCUCAUGACCGAGCUGCAUCCGCCAUCGUCGCCGCCUACACGUCUCACGCACCCCACGCCAACCCCUCACCUUCACGGCCAACAUGUCUGCACCGGAUCCCAAGGAAGCCUGGGCGCGCAUCCAGAAUGAGCUCACACGACGCGGCUCUCGAUUCGGCGGCGCGGGCGGCGGCGGACCACCGAAGGGCCUCUUUGGAGGUCUUGGAGGACUGGUACUAGUUGGUGGUGGAAUCUGGAUGGCGAACAAUGCUCUUUUCAACGUCGACGGUGGUCACCGAGCAAUCAAGUACACCCGAGUAGGCGGCGUCCAGAAGGAAAUCUACAGCGAAGGAACCCACUUCCGCAUUCCCUGGUUCGAGACACCCAUCACCUACGAUGUGCGCGCCAAACCCCGAAACGUCGCUUCCCUCACCGGCACCAAGGACUUGCAGAUGGUCAACAUAACCUGCCGUGUACUGUCAAGACCGCGGGUCGAAUCUCUACCGCAGAUCUACAGGACAUUAGGCACCGACUACGAUGAGCGUGUUCUGCCAUCAAUCGUCAACGAGGUUCUCAAGAGCGUCGUGGCGCAGUUCAAUGCCAGUCAGCUCAUCACACAGCGUGAGAACGUCAGUAGGCUGGUACGCGACAACUUGGUCCGAAGAGCAGCGAGGUUCAACAUCAUGCUCGACGAUGUCUCUUUAACGCACCUCGCCUUCUCCCCCGAGUUCACCGCCGCAGUCGAAGCCAAGCAAGUCGCACAGCAAGAGGCCCAACGUGCCGCCUUCGUCGUCGACAAGGCCCGCCAGGAGAAGCAAGCCACCGUUGUUCGCGCCCAGGGUGAGGCCCGCUCCGCCGAGCUGAUUGGUGACGCCAUCAAGAAGAGCAGGAGUUACGUCGAUCUCAGGGAGUUCGAGAACGCAAGGAAUAUCGCACAGAUUCUGCAACAGAGCGCAAACAAGGUCUACCUCGACAGCAGAGGUCUUGGUCUGGACAUCAGCCAAACCACGGCAGAUAAGGAGCAGAGAGCGAACAGGAAGUAAGAAGAUGAGGUGGCAUGUGUCCUUGAAAGAAUACUAUUCGAAGACAACGUCGUGUAUAAAUAUCUCUGGGAAAAGCGAGGUGCAAGCGUGCAAUUGUGUAGCUUUCCACUCAUGACUAAAUAACAACAAAGUACUCCAACU